AUGUCCCCUGGAACAGGUGGGAAGAAGAAUGAAGACUUCAUCUAUUACAAAUUGGCUCAUUGUUUCUCCAUGCAAUCAACAAAGAAGGAUACUUCUGAAGGGGAGUAUGCUCCUUCCAAUUAUAAGGAUCGUCGCUUCUUGUCAAUAAUUAAUCGGAAUUUGUUCGAGGACCUUCUGGAUGGUGCCAAAGCAAGACCUACAUGA